AUGCAUGCUCUCUACUCCAAGCUAAUUGCAGGCGACAUGUAUGUAAUCUACUUGCGCUUUUCUAAAAGAUGUGAGUUGUUUCAAGGCAUUCUGAAUGUCUUCAGAGAUCCAUUUCGCUGCUUGAUAGAUGAGUUACUUGAAGACAUUUUGAAUUUGCACACGUAUUGCUUGAUCUUCGAUGAAAUACGUCGGCAGAAAGAAGCUACCGAAGGCACAAAAUGGAAACGUAGGAUCGCUAAAGUGACUGGAAAAGAUGCUAAGCUUGAGCCGCUUAGUGUUAUUGUGUAUCAGGACAACGCUUUUGAAAUAAGAAGAAAAGUGGAAAAGUUGGAGUUUUAUUUCAACGACUUAAAAAGCAGAUAUCUUUGGGCACAAAAUCAUAUUUCCGAGCAAAAUAUUUUGAGGGCUAGGAAUAGAAGAAUUUCUAAAGCAGAAUAUCAGAAUCUUUCUGAGGUUUGGCACGAGACUGAAAAACAAGAAGACAUUUUUAAAAAUUCGCAUGAUCCAAAAUGUUCUACAAACCUUUCAAAAAUCCCGGAUCGGUUUAGAAGUUCCAGAUCAAAACUUUCCAACAUACUUUUCUCGUUAAUUUCUUCUCAAAAAGCCGCGGAAGGACGUGGAGAUGACUCAGAAGAAGAAGCCAUAGCAAUCGACAACAGGAUGCAUAUAAUUACACUGUUGGAAGAAAUACAAGAACGUGACGAAUAUAUUGACACGUUAACAGCACAGCUGAAAAUUAAAAGCCAAGAAGUCACCCAGUUGAUGGAAAUUAUACGAAGAGAAAGGCUGGGACUAAUGUAAUAUUUACUGCUAGCUACUAUUAAAUAUUUUCU